GCAAGAGUGUGCCUACGUGUAGAUUAAGCCUUCGAUUCGCCGUCCGCCUUUUCCACACCCGCUCUGCUGACCUUAAAAUCCCCGCAUCGCGCCCUUCACCCCAGUUACAGAGACCCUUGAAGGUGGAAAUGUAAAGCCGUAUCUUCCAACAAUAACUGAUCAGUGUCUUGCCUGUGAUAGAAAUGAAUACCACGCAGCCAAAAUGCGCACUGAGGACCCUUCAAUGUCAUUCAGAAACUGAGGAUUUCCAAAUACUCAUAUUACGUGAGGAAGCCACCAAGAAGAGCAAAGAAAAGGAUCCAGUAAUGGCUCUUCUUCAGGGAUGCUUGACUUUCAGGGAUGUGGCUAUAGAAUUCUCUUUGGAGGAGUGGAAAUGCCUGAACCCUGCGCAGAGGGCUUUAUACAGGGCCGUGAUGUUGGAGAACUACAGGAACCUGGAGUUUGUGGUGAUGACCCUCCUAUCUGUCAUGGAUGGCUUCUUAGAGACUCUCCUGUGGAGUGCUUUUACAUAAAAACAGAAAAUUCAUGAACACUUUGACUAAUACAAUUGAACAUCAUUCUGCUCUAGGAACAGAUGUCCCUGGAAGUCCUGAGCAGAAUUGUCAGCAUGGCCCAGGAUACGAGAUAGAAAGCAUGACACUGACUGACAAGUGUUUCCAGCUGUGGUUCUGGUUUUGUUUUCUUUUUGUUUGUUUUCAGACAGUCUCCCUCUGUUGAACAG